AUGGCCAAAAAAUAUCCUUCAAAGCCCAAAGUUAGAGGCGCCAGUCCCUGGGGACAUGGAUGGCCAAGAAUAUAUCUAAAAAAAACUAAAGAAAAUAUUGUCAAGCAGAUGUACAAAGAACUUACUUGUUAUUAUGGCCUUGAUGACUGCAGCGCUGCCUUUGACUACUUGCAGCUGCAGUCUGCAAGUAGCCAAAGGUCAGAUGCAAAGAAGGCCAACUUUUGCUCAACGCGCGUGUUUUGUGGACGCGUCUCUAUUGUCAAUGUAUCUCAUUCGUCACUUGCCAACUUUUGCUCAACGCGCGUGUUUUGUGGACGUGUCUCUAUUGUCAACGCGUCUCCUUCAUCACUUGCCAAUCUUUCAUCAACACACGUGUUUUGUGGACGCGUGUUUAUUGUGAACGCGUCUCUUUUGCUACUGUUCUAUCUUUCGUCAACACGCAUUUUGUGGACGUUCUCUAUCAUGGCGCGCACCAAAAACACUGCAAAGAAUUGCACUGGUGGCUCAGCGCCAUGCAUACACCUCAAGAUACUCAAGACCGCCGCCAAGAGCCUUUCUAGAGAGCCGGAUGGGGGCCAAAGUUUGGAGAUGUCCAAACCGGUUCAUCACAAUGAGUUCUGUAUCCUCUGCCGGGAUGGCUCUGCAUCAUUUAAAGAGAAUACACUCUUUAUGUGCAACCACUGCCCCAGAGUGAUGUGCCGCCUGUGCAUGCGACUCCCUCCGGGCACCGAAGACACGAUCCUCAAUGAGGACGUGUCGUUUAGGUGCAUAUGUUGUCACAUCGCCAUGGAACAGCAGGGCGCACCCUACUAUGUCCACGCUUCCCUCGAGCUCUCAUCGUGUGCUGAACUUUCAGUGGCACCGGUGAUAUUCAUACACCUCAUCCUUGUCGACUUCGACACUAUGGCCAGCCCUUUCUCCUUGGCUCAUUCAUUCCUUCAGCCCUACUUCACCAGUGGCGGCAUCGAAUAUCGUGAAAUCACCUUCAACAUUGUCUCUGAUGCAUCCAGUUACCGCAAAACCGUUCAUCAAAUCAUCAAGGACCUCAAAAACUCGUUUGCAUGGGAAUGUGUGGUGGUUGGUAUAUCCACUCACACUGACAAUGAUUCAGGCAACCCUUUUGCCGGGUACAGUUUGGAUGGCGAGAAGCACUAUGCUGGCGCUUCAACUGAAGAGUUCUUGGACGGUAUCCUUAGUCCAUGGCAAUCUCUCCUGGACCAUGCUGACGAAACCUACCUGUGGCUCUUGUGCUGUGGCGCAAUUGUCAACAACAGCGACUCAUUUGUAGGAUUGCAACACGCAGUAGUUCAUCACAAGCUCUCUGCCACAGUCGCAUUCAACGCCGCACAUUUUCAACCAUCUUUUGCAUCCCAUUUGCUCCUGGCAUUCACUGAACAAGUUCUUGUGGAACAUUGCCCCAUUGGCCUUGCAUUUGGUGACAUGCUGGCGCAAGCUUACAAACUCGGUCGCCACACUGAUGUCUUUUUACUGAUACCACUUGUGGGUAGUCUGAAGGUCUCCAAGUUUGUAUGGGCUGAUGUGAAGUUCCGGCCUUGGGGCGGCUUCCUGCCAAUCCAAUGCCCAAGCUGUGGGUGGACUGAUUGUUGGAGAUCAGUCUUUGUGAGGGCUUGCAAGGAUAAGGUCUAUGUCUUUGAGUGCAAGAAUGACACCUGCACCCAGUCUUUCAGCUUCAGCCCUCCUGAAGGGGCCACCAUGUUGACACCAGAUAUAAUGGCCAGCUGGACUCUUGUUUUUAGCAAUGUGUUGAAUGAAUACAAAGAUUCCUUUGUAGCAGCUAAAGGAAAUUCUGUCAUCCGGGCUCGCAUCCUCAAGACAAUCAAAGAUGCUAUAGGCAGCAGUGAAGCAGCCAAAGACCCUUGUGUCAUGCUUCCUGAGAAAAAUUUGGCCAAGGCUGUUCGUGCCUAUUAUUUGGACUUCCUGGAAGAUGAUGAGGAUCGCAAAGCAGAGGAAGAGAUUAUUGAGGGAGGAACUAAGGACACAUCUGCUCCAGAUGCUGUUACUGUAGAGAUGGUGAGACAGAGGGAAGAUGAUAAGCCUGAGGAUGCUGGGAAGUACAAGACAGAAUUCUCUGGUUUUGAUGUCGUCCAAAAAUUAUUUAAGGAUGAAUUUGCAGAAUAUGACAAGCAGCACAGAGAUACCUCCAACCCAAAGUCUAUGGGUCAGAGGACAAGAUUGGCCCGCAUGUGGCACCAGGCCAUGUCCCCUGAGGUGAAGAAGGAGCUCGAGCGAGUUGCAGGAAAAUGGAACCAGGAAGGACCUCCUGCAGAUACCAAGGACAGAUACCGUACCCAUAACCAGAAAAAAAUGAUGGAGGACUUUAUGGACAUGGUCCGGAGAACCAUGGGAUUGCAUGUCGUCAUCCUUACAGCCUAUGACCGAGGUGAGGGAAAGGCUCCUGGAACUACUGUCUGGGAGACUUCGCCACAAAAGGCCAAAAAACCUUUUACUCAGGCAACCAAAGAUAAUCGGAAAUGGGCAGAACAUGCUCAAGAUCGUCUUGCCAACUGGCUUCUCGAAGGAGAAUAUGCUAAAAGUCUGUCAGCCGAUGGAGAGGAUGACGAUGAAAAUAAUCUCUCAGAUCUGACUGUUGAGGUCGAUGAUGAUGGCUUUGGAUCUCUCAAGCUCAAACACAGGCAACAGCUUGUUCAGAGUGUCUUUCAAAAGGCCUAUGCUGUUAUUACCAAUAAUCCCAGGGCUCUGGUGCCCUGGGGUGAGAUGUCGACCAAUCCCAAUCACUACCUUGAUUCAGGAUGCAUUCCUGAGAAUGUCGUCAUCAGGGAUCCUUCCCACCUGCAAAAGGACACAAUCACUGUGAUAUACUCCCACUGGAAAGACUGUGCUAGUCAUGACAUGCUGAUUGUACAUUUUGUUGGAUAUAGGCAAGCUGAUUUCUAUGAUGCUCGCACUAAGAAGGGAGCUGCAAAGGGCAAGUCAAGGAAGAAGCCUGCCUAUGUUGAAGUCUCUUCAGAUGAGGAAGGACUCUUGAAUAAGGUCGCCAAUGGUAAAAGCUCUUCAGAUGAAGAUGACAUCGAGGUGGAGACUCCGACCAUUCCUGAUUCCAGCCCCAAAUACCAUCUUGCUAGGGACAUGGUCCCUUACCUCAAGUCUCUCUCUACUGUCCCUUCAUAUCAUCAUCUUCUUACUGUGGUUCAAAAGCUUCCGCAAAGAACGGAUUCAAAGUCGAGGAAACAGAAACUUCCUGUCUGGGCUCCUUGGACAUGGUCUCAGGCAUAUCUGCCUCAAGACAUCCAUGAGAAUAUGAAAACCGCCUCAGUCGCCCUGGAGAAUUUGAGUAACUACCAGUUCAAUUCUCGUGGAUGGGGCAUGGUUGUGAGCCUGGGACUUGGACUCCUACUUCGUAACUCUAUCUUGGGCAUCCAGAUGGGCGACCAGAUUGAGGAAAAGGUUGUAGGGAUAGGGGCAGAAGUUGAAGCCAUGCUGAAAGAUGAGAACCUGGGGUUGUCUAUUGUGAGGAAAGACAUUGAGAAGAGGCGUUCAGAGGAGAAAAAGAAGUUGAAGGAGAAAAGGAGAGUCGAGGAGAAGAAGAGGGCCGAGGAGGAGAAGAGGGUUGAGGAAGAAGAAAGAUUGGCUAAGGAAGCAAGCAAGGUGGACAAGAGGGUGAGGAAAUCCAAUGCUAAAGGGAAGGAUAAGCGGUUUGCUGCAGAUGUGGAGGAACCAUCCAAGAAAAAGGUGAAAGCUUCCCCUCCUGAUUUACCUCGUCGUUCUGCCAGAGACAAAGCACCUCCAAAGAAGUACAAUGUCUGA